AUGGACCCCAAUCUCCAAACCAUGUUUUCCGCCGACGCUCACUCCUUCGACCCCAUGUUUUCCGGCGUCAGCCUCCAGUCACUUCUCUCUCUCAACCCAUCUCUCUUUGCCGACGGCUUCCCCACCCUGGCCUCCCUAACCGACCACCCCAACCUCGACGACAAGAAGAAGCUCCUCAUCCCCAAAACCGAGCCCCAACCCUUCAGCUUCUUCCCCAAAUACCACCGUCUCCCCCAACUCCAUUCUCCCGACCACAAACGCCACCGCCUCGACCCCUCCUCCGAAACUUCCCCGGCGAUCGGGGGAAAAGCUCCGUCGAUGAUUCCUCAGAGCAACCUGGCACGGCAACGAAGGCAAAAGCUGAGCGAGAAGACACGGUGCUUGCAGAAACUAAUGCCUUGGGACAAGAAAAUGGACCAAGCUACCCUUCUAGAAGAAGCUUAUAAAUACGUGAAGUUUUUGCAGGCACAGUUCUGCGUCCUCCAAUCCAUGCCCUCUCAAUCUCACUCUUCACCCUUCCUCAACAAUGGUGCUGUUUUCGGUGACUUAGAGAGCCUUAACCGUUCCCAAGUUCUUCAGGUUCUCGUUAACUCACCCGUUGCUCAAACCAUGCUUUAUUCUCAAGGCUUUUGCGUUUUCUCCGUUGAACAGUUGGCGUUGCUUAGGAAACUAUCAGACACCAGACAACUACAACAUCGUGCUUCCUCCAAAACUUUCUUUAACUAA